UAUUAAUUUUUAUAACUAAAUAUUUUUAUUAAUUAUAUUUAAUAUAACAUAUAUCACAAAAUAUUAAUUUUAUCUGUUGCAUCUGUAUCAGAUCUUUAUCUGUUGUAUCUGUAACUGAGGGAAAUGGCUAUAAUUCAUACUAUAUGUAUGAUCGCAGUACUGGCGUAUCUACUUUAUCUUGCCUCUAGAUCCCACCCUACUACGCCAAGAAAGAUGAUAAUAGAUACGGACGCUGGAGGAGAUGAUGCUUUAGCAAUAAUGUUAGCUCUCAUGUAUGAAGCAAAGACCCAUGAUAUUGAAAUUUUAGCUAUAACUACCACGUACGGUAAUACAUAUUUAAAAAACGUGGAGCAAAACGUAUUAAAAAUUUUAACAAUUGCCAAUAGAAGCGAUAUACCUGUCUAUGGUGGAGCUGAAAAACCAUUAGUAAAUUCAUAUAAAUCUGACAAUUAUUUUGGUUUUGACGGAUUUGGCGAUUUUAAUUUUACCAAGGAAAUUACUGCAAAAGUGCAAACAAAAAACGCUUCUGUAUUGCUUGCAGAUUUAGUAAAGCAGUAUCCAAAUGAAAUAAUUUUAGUGAGCCUUGCGCCAUUGACCAAUAUUGCAUUGGCAACUUUAUCAGAACCUUGUUUUUUACAUCUUCUAAAGCAACAUAUUAUAAUGGGAUCAAAUAUCGAGAAAGAUUCAGAUAAAUUAAAUCAAUCGGAUCAGAUUGAAUUUAAUUUCAAACAAGAUCCAGAAAGUAACUGGAUUGUGUUAAAUAAUACCAACAAACCUAGCACCAUAGUUCCAAUAAACGCAAUACGUGCUAAUCCUAUCACAAAGGAGGAGUACAGAUACAUUUAUAGUCGACUUGACGAGUCUAUAGCAAACUUUUUGUAUCUAGCUGAAAGACUAGGUUUAGAAAAAACAGAAACAUGGGAACCAUCAGAUGGCAUUGCUAUGGCAAUUGCAUUACGACCAGAAAUAAUAACGGAAUCGUUCGAAACUAACUUGAAACCAAUAGUGGAAGGUGAUAGGAGAGGUGCAGUUGAGAUCGAUUACGAAAACGCUGUGCAUAAUGCCGUACUUAUAGAGAAUUUUAAUGUGACCAUCUUCAAAAAUUUAUUAUUCGAAUAUCUUUCUUAACAACGUUGAAAAAAUGAAUUCUAGAUUUAUUAUUAUGUUAUUCCAAAUUAAUUUUUAAUUUCGUAGUAUUUAUAUACAUAUAGUAGUAUAUAUGUAUUAAAUAUUCUAAUAUAUAUAUUAUAUGUACACACAACAUACACACUCAAGCAUGCACACCCAAGAAAUUGAAUACUUACAU